AUGAAUUUUAUUCCCGUCUUGCUAAUUGUUUCCCUUGCUUUUGCGGCCCAACCUGCCCCGAAUUCAAAGCUGAUUAUCAGCGACUGUGGUGACAAGACUUAUUUGCUCCAUUACACAAACGUUACCGCGACUGAGUUUAAGCGCGGUAAGGAUGUUGUCAUUACUUCAGAACACGAACUGUUGACUGCGGAUGUUAAAUCCGGAACUGUACAUUUCAAUGUUCUUCGAAAUGAUAUGAGCGUUUUUUCUCAUGAUUUCAACUAUUGUGGAUACCAGGAAGCGAGCCUUCCUCUUGCUCUUGGUAAGAUCAAGUACACGGGAUCCGAUUGCUCGAAGCCUCGUCCCUAUGAGGAUUCUUUCAGCAUGUCUGUAAAGAUGCCUAUUAUUACUCCUUCGGGAAGAUAUCAGUUUAAGUUGGAUGGAGCGUCUCCUUCCGGACAAAAGCUCUUCUGUUUCUAUGCGUAUACCGAUUUGUAAAGUGAAUUUCACAGCACCUCAUUGUUGGUUAUUUGAGAUACGC